AUGAGCGUCAAACUCCGCAUAUUCGCCAUGCUCUGCUUGAUUAGUAUGACGCUCGUCGCAUCUCUCCCGCACACCGGCAUGAUCAACGACGAGUUCGUCCGCGACGUAGGUGCUGUCUACACUGAGCCAGGGUACGGGGGGAAAGCCUCCUUCCUCCUAGCACUCAAAGCAGAGCCUAAGUGCAUGCCCUUCGACGGGAACAUUGCGUCGGUGCAGGUCUGCGUGACGGCUUCCUGCACCUUCUAUCCGACUGAGGGCUGCGAACAAGACAGCGACAGCUCAUCUUUCACCGUGAACGGCCCGGGUGACGUCCAAGACGUCUACGCCCACGUACACAAGAGCAAAUAUGGCUCGUACAUCUGCGGCACCGAUGAGACGGUCAUCACCAAGGGCAAGGACACGCUUCCAACUACACCGCACGACUCGAGCAAGGACAAGAAGCCUGUCAUGGUCCUCGAGACUACUGAGCACGACGAGUCUAAGGAGCUGAAGUCUGCUGCGUGGCAGGUACCUUCUUCCAAUUGA